AAGGAUGACCUACUUGAUUUCCUGAGAAAUCUUGAGUUUAAUGUUGAAUGUGUGGAACUAAAGACGAACUUCAAGCACUAUAAGUCGUUUAAGGUAGGUGUGCAGCAAAAUAAAAAAAGUGAAUUAUUGUCUUCUGAGUUAUGGCCGGCUUGAAAUUUGGUUAGGAAGUUUGUGAAUAGGAAAGAGAACAAUUUUCUUAGCCAAACGACCUGUACUAGACAGUGUGAAAUAGAAUCAAAUCCCUCUGGCACUAUUCAAGCAAGUACCUCAUCUUUUAAAUAUGUUGAAAUGGAUCUUGGUAGGAUUGGUAUUGGCUACUUGAAUGUUCAAUGUUUGAGGUCAAAACUUGGUCUGGUUGAACGUUUUUGUGCAGACAGUAAACUAGACAUUUUAUGUAUCAGCGAACAUUGGUUAAGCAGUGAGGAAUGUCCCCAUUAUUCCUUUAUUGAGGAACUGGUGCUGUCUGCUUCCUAUUGUAGAAAAGCUCAUCGUGGGGGUGGUGUGUCAAUCUAUGUGCAGAGCAAUAAGAGGACUAAAGAAAUAGACCAGGGUGUUUUUUGUUUGGACUUGGAUAUUGAGGUGGCAGCUCUUGAACUGGUUGAUGCAUCUACUUUUGUUAUUAGUGUCUACCGUUCUCCAAAUGGAAACAUUGAAAAUUUCUUCUAUAAGUUGGAUGUGUGUCUGUCUAAAUUCAGGUGUACGUCUGGGAAUAUUAUUAUGGGAGGUGACUUCAAUAUAGCCUUGAACUGCAAUGAGCCGGCUACAAGAACUUUUGUGAAUUUGCUGCGGACUCAUGGACUCUAUGUUGUAUCUGAGGUGCCCACUAGAGGAGAUCGCUGUUUAGAUAGCAUUGCAACAAAUAUGGAUUCCUCGAGGUUCAGAGUACAUGUUACCGAUCCUCUUGUUACUGAUCAUAGUGCAGUAAGGAUGACAGCCAACAUCCAUAUGGUGAGUGAAUCUUCUCGGUUUCCUACUUGGUAUUGCCAUUAAUCAAGAGGAGCUAUAGAAGGAUUGAUGAAGGUACCCUCCCUGGAU